UGCUUCUUGCUGCGUCUCACCGGCUGUCCGUUAGCAUCAUGAGCGGAGCCACGGUCAAAAAGAGUCCGCCCAGCCCGUCAAGCGUGGUGGAUUGGAUCACUUCGGCGUGUCGCUUUGCUGCAGACAGAAACGAUUUCAGAAGGAAUCUUCUCGUUAACCUGGGGUUGUUUGCAGCUGGUGUUUGGGUGGCAAGAAAUCUCUCUGAUUUUGACUUGAUGGCCCCACAGCCUGUCACAUAACACUCUAACAUCCUGGAUGAUGGUGUCUUAGACCAGAGAGAAGAAAGAAGAUGCACGAUAUUUGAAGACUUGUUUGUGGUUAAUCCUAGUUUGAAAUGUAUCAUAUUUCGUUAUUGUUUUUUUUGUUUUUGCAAUAAAUCAAGUUCCUUUUGGCUGUUAA